AGCACCACCUUAGUGUCCGCUCCCGCCCACCAGAUCGACAUCUGCCUACCACCCACCACCCAUCAACCAGCAUAUUCACAAGUGUGUUAACUUCCAGGACAGUCAGCAGUGUUCCUCACACAGGAUGGGCCGCCUAACCCUAAUACUGCUCACCUCCACUCUCCUGUCCAGCUACUUCCAUCCAGGGAGAGUGGUGGAUGCACAGUCAAUAUUCACGAUAAGAGAAGUCAGCCUGUCCAUGGAGCCCAGUAAUGAUGUCCCUCGGGACACCAAUGUGACAGUGAGAUGCCGUGCCGUUGUCAGCAGCUUAGGCCAGGAGGUACUAAAUCGUCAGUACACCAUACUCAAGGACAGGGUCCAGGUCUAUACAAAGACCACCACCAGCUCGGAGGAUCUUCUGUACCCGCUGCCCAUGGCCAGAGCCUUCAACAGCGGCAAAUAUACGUGCCAGAUCGCCAUUGAGGAUAAAAGGGAGGUCAGCAAGUAUCAGAAACUCACAGUGACAGGCUUGUCGAAACCAGAGCUCCAUCUUAACAAGGCUGUGGUCAAUGAGGGGGAGGAGGUAACAGUCAGGUGCACAGCGCCCGGUGAGACAGGCUCCAUCAUUUUCUAUUUCUACGAAGACUCCAAAGAGAUCAAGGAGGAGCAGGUCAGCUCCAACUACGCUGAGACCAAGAUUCGCUUCACCAGCACUGGCAUCCACAAAUGUCACUGUGCCUACACUGUGGUGGUAGUGCCAGACGCCUUCAGGUCUGAGCAAAGCAACAUCGUCACUGUUUCAGUCAAAGAAAUACCCUACACGCCGGUUUUGGAGAUUUUGCCUAUCUACAAAAUCUAUGAAGGAGACACACUCGACAUCUCUUGCUCCCUCAGAAGACCUCAGUACAGUUCUCAAAGUACUCAGCUGAUCCUGAGCCAGGGGACCCAACUUCUCAGCAGCGGCACUAAAGACAAACUCAACCACAGCCUGGUCGCACUGGCAAAGCACUCAGGGGAGUUUGAGUGCAGGUUAGAGAUAGGAAAUGUAGUGAAAGUUGCCAAAAAGAACGUUUCAGUGACUGAGUUGUUUUCAUUGCCCACUCUCACCAUGUCUCCAGUUGAAGUCUUUCCAAGGGAACCACUGACACUAAUCUGCAAAAGUGAAAGCCUUGCCUCCGAAAGACUCCACAAGGAAGAAUUGACGUACACUCUGGAGCCAUCUGAUGCUUACCUAAUCCCAAGGGGCGCUGGGGUAUUUCAAGGCAAGGCCCUGAAUGCUGAUUUCAACUAUACCUGCACAGCUACAGCCAAGGGCAUCAUGAAACAAAGUAAAAUCCUGACCGUCCGUCCUAAACUUCCUGUCUCCGCUCCAAAGAUCACGGUGCUUAGCAAGGUGAUCCUCGGACGGCCCUUUGAGAUCCUCUGUAACUCAAGUACUGGCACCCUGCCGAUAAACUACACCCUACUGCAUGACUAUAUGCCAAUGGACAUGAUCACCGUCAAGCAGCCCUAUGAAGAAGCGCGCUUCACAGUCACCAUCACUCGCACUGAUGACAUAAGCAAGUACAUAUGCCAGGCAAAUAAUGGUCGCAAGGAGCUCAGUAGAAGACUUGACGCUACUGUCAUAGUGCCUCUUUCACACCCGACUCUGACCGUCGUCCCCACCUUGGGAGAAAUCUAUGAGGGAGAUCAUCUUUACUUGAUAUGUGGUGUCCAAGGCACACCGCCGGUCACCUUCAAGUGGUAUCGUGUUGGGAACGAAAAUCCACUGUACAGCACCACCUCCAACUCCAAUAACACAGACUACCAGGUCAAAGAUUUGGCCAAACAUCACAGCGGCAUGUACUUCUGCGAAGCCAUCAACCCUGCCAACACUGCUGUCGGCAGUAACCCGGUCACCAUAGAGGUUCGCAUGGCAUUGUGGAAGAAAGCGUUGAUUGGAGGGAUCUGUUUGCUGGUGUUGGCGGUGCUGGCGUUGCUGUUUGUGCUGUACUACAGAUCCAAGAGAGGUAGAAGAGAAGCAGCUGCUGAAUUGUCAGUAAAGCCUUCGAGCCCUAAAUCAGAUGACUCUUUAAGAUUGAAUCUAACCCACGACACAGAAGUUUAUAACGCAGCUACAGGCGCAGCGCCGCUCUAUGAUCGUACGGAGGGGAGAGUGACCAAUGGGACGCGAGAUAGCGUGGCGUCGCUUCCCGCUGACUUCAGCAACAGGAGCAGCUACAGUAUCCCAGCCACAGUGUAGAGACACCCUGAUGUGGGAGGGACUUGAAUUCAAUUUUUUUUUUUAAGAAAACAAAGUUCUAAGAAAAGACUGAGAGCAAAAAAUGAAAAGGAACACAAAAGGCAGUAAUCCUGCUUGUCACGCCAUGUGUUGUAGGAUUUGGACAUUUUCUUCAUAGCUGAAAAGGAGGGGAAUGUUACAACACAAAAAAAUGAACCAGCACCCACUGCUCCCUCUCCCCUCCACCUACAAUCUAGAUGGCCUUUGAUUUAUACAUAAUAUUACUGUCUUUGUUUUCUGUUUCUUCUUUCGCCAUGUUUGUGCGAUUGCAUGUCCUUUAAUGUUGAAACUGCUCUUUUUGAAUGAUAUGCAUCUUUUAAGAAAGGUUGGUGACUGUUUGAUUUGUAUAUACAUUUUUUUAUCACCAUCACAGGAAAUGUGUGUAUAUAUUUUUGGUUUAUCCCUUGACUGGCUGAAAGAGACACUUGUAGAAUAAAGAAGUUGGUUUUUAUUUAGAAGCGUGUCAUUACCA